UAUGCUACUGUAAGACAUUGAAACCACCGGCGAGUAGCCGUCAGUGCAUAGAGAUACUCCAUCAAGAAUGAUGCAAUUAAAUCUCCCAAGACUACAGAAACUACGGGGAACCUUCGCGUGCUGCUCACGGACUAAGACUGGAAUAUCUGACAACAGUGAGCUCAGUCUCUCAUAUUCACAUACAGAAAAUGAUCGGAAUGAUCAGAGAGAGCAUCUCAUUUUAUGAAAAGAUCACAUCUCAUGAAAAAAGACCCCAAAGUUGACCAUGAAGGCCAUCUUUUUUAUGGUGUGUCAGGCUCUUUGCCUUUACCUCAUCGUGUGUAUUGACAGUCGUCUGGACUUCAAGUGGCAAGUUUGGAAGAAGACCCACGGCAAACAGUACAAGAAGGCAAGUGAGCUGCAAAAAAGAACAAUAUGGGAAGAGAACUUGAGGAAAAUUAAUGCCCACAACUUGCAGUACAAGAGAGGAAAAACGACCUUUAAGUUAGGAAUGAACCAGUUUGGAGAUCUAACCUCUUCAGAGUUUGCCAGUAUGCUGAGUUCCUAUUCUGUGAAGCAUGUAAGAGAUAUCACACUGUCUGCCACUGACCUGCGAAGUGCUGCCAGUCAGCUGAACCUCACCAGUAUUGAUUAUAGGAAACUGGGGUACGUCACACCCGUCCAAGACCAGGGAUUUUGUGGCUGCUGUUGGGCAUUCAGUGCUGCUGGAGCAAUAGAGGGGCAAACCUUCAAUAAAACGGGCAAGCUGAGAGCAUUGAGCAAGCAAAAUCUGCUCGAUUGUUCAGAGUAUCUGGGGAACCAGGGCUGCACAGGCGGUAGGCCCUCUCUGGCCUUCCAGUACGUGAUCGACAAUGGAGGAAUUCAGGCUGAGGCGACCUAUCCCUACACAAUGGCAGUGAGGACCUGUCGUUUCAACAGCAGCAAGGUUGCCGCCACCGUGGCAAAUUACAAGUACCUCCCAAUUGGCGAUGAGCAGGCUUUGGCAGAUGCCCUGGCAACCAUUGGGCCAAUCUCAGUGGUCAUUGAUGCCAGUCAGAUCAGCUUCCAGUUCUACCUGUCUGGAAUCUACAAUGAUCCAAAAUGCUCUGUACUUAACCUAAGUCAUGCCAUGUUGGCAGUUGGCUAUGGAUUCCAAGGAAGUAACAAUUACUGGAUUAUCAAAAACAGCUGGGGAACCCUAUGGGGUGUCAAUGGUUACCUGAUGCUGGCCAAGGACAAGAACAACGCCUGUGGAAUCAGCCAGUAUGGUGCUGUCCCUUUUGUUUGAAACCCCCAGCUGGCUACCUUUGUGUUACACUGAUUCGAGUGCAGUCAUAAGCCAGACUCUGAUCAUUGGAGUUUUGUUGAAUGAGAAAUCUCAAGUGUGGGAUGUGGUGGAAUGUGACCAGCAAUAAUGGGAGGAAAAAGUGAAAACAGGCUGCUAAACACACACAUUGUCAUGGAGGACUAGACAGAAUGUCAAGUAUAAUGAUGGCUAAUUAGAGAUGAAAUGAAAUUUGUGUGUAGGGAUUAUUUUGUAGUUCUGUGUCAGUUGAGUAGACCAGCCAGUUUUACAAGAAUAUUGUAGUAAUUAAUCCUUAACAAGUCAGAAAUUUGAGCUGAUAUAAUUUCCCAAUACUCAUUCUUCAUGUUAGCAAAAUAAAUGCAACUGUUAACUUAA